AUGCGCGGUGGCGCCCCCUGGAGCCCCCCUCCCCCCGCACGGCAUGUUUUGCCGCCGCCGCCCGGUUUUCCGACUCCCUCCCCAGAGGUCGAGUCUGACCGGGCCCUCGGGUCACCGUCUCCCUCCUACGAGGUUGAGCCGGUGGGUACCCCGCCCGCCACCCCGGUGACGGGCUCGACGUCCUCCUCGCCCAUCGCCUCCUCGAUCGCCGAGGGCCCCGCCCCCGCGGCCCCUGUCACCGCCGAAGGUGCCUCCGGCGCCGUCGGCGCCCCCGUCGUCGCUGCGACCCCUCCUGCCGCCGCGGCACCCGCUGCCCCUGCCGGCCCGGCUGCUCCACCUCUCGGCGUGACGACUCAUGCCUGA